AUGUCACAAAUCCACAGUAGGAAAAGCUCACUUCAAGGAUCUCCAUUGCAGGGAAUCUUUGGUCCCAACGCGGCCGAAUGGAACUACUCAGAGCAAACUUUAAGGGAGGCGCUGGAAGUCAAGAGACAACAGGAAAUUACCAAACAAGAAUAUUACAAAGCGGAAAACAGCACCAGAGUGUUAGAACUUUUGAAAGUGGCAAUCAACUCCCAGCUUUCAGAAAGUACGAUAGCUUUAAUGUUCAACUUUAUGACAGUGAAAGGUGGAGUUCCAGAAACGGGAAAUUACCAAGAAGAACUGCCAAAAAGAGAAGAUCCAUUCAUAAGAAAACCGGUUGCAACUCACAGUAAAACCAAAAGUUUGAACACGAUAGACUUGUCAGUUAUAGAGCAAGCAAACGGUAUAAGCCAGUACAGCAGUCUCAAGAAUGCUCCUCCAAUGGGUUGCUUCAAAACACAGCAAAAACCGAUCAGAAAGAGUAAAUUUGCGUCUGCUUUUAAAUUUGGAGGCUCUUCUGCACAUUCGAGUCCACCACACGUUAAAAUACCAACUGCACCACAGCCAAGAAAGACACUACUCUCUCCAAGACACCAGCUUUCGCCGGCAAGGAUCGGUGCACAUGCUGUUUGCAGCCUUGGAGCAGAUAAUGGAAGCAUAAAACCAGCAAGAGUUUCAACUUUGAGACACGGAGAAGGCCAUUUACGCUCACUUUCACUUCCAACAAAUGUAACAAUCCCUGAAUCAACAUGUGGCCAAAGACCAGGUGCGGGAAAACGGGUCGAACUCUGCAGAAGAAACUUAAAAAAGCGCCGGUUCGAUCUUUCAGGCCUUGGUAUUAAAUACGCGCCAGAUGUCCGGAUCAGGGAUGCAAAUCUUCAGGUGGUGGACGAAUCAGGAGACACAACCAUAGACGAGAGUGUAAACGACAGUCUAAACGAGGUAACGAUCUGUGAACAGGACAUAAGCUGA